CAUGAUUAUCAGUUGAUUAUCAUCUGAUUUUUUUCAGUAGGGAACUGUGGUGCAGCCGCACAACUUUGGGGGCGAUGCUGCACGAAUCUUUUUUCAGUGUGUUAUCGGGGUAAUUUAAGUGCCGGCACGAUGCUUGCACCGGGUAUGUUCCGAUAAGGUAACAUCAAGUAAAUCCGGCAACAGCGUAAUUUCUGUUACCGAGAUUUGACGUCUCGAAACGGUCAAUAACGAUUGCUGACUACCGGAGCUGUGUUCCGCAACCCAAAACAUGCAUGGCGCUGAAUGGGCACUGAUGAUGACUCGUGUUUCAGGCUGGAAAAUUUUCAGUUAAAAGAAGAAGGAAGAAUUCGCAAUUAUGGCAGGUGCAAAUAAAGAGCGAGUUGUUUUAGUUGAUCCGGAAACGUUGGAAACUUUCAAGGUCUAUGUAAAUCCUGAGGAUGUUUCAAGGAUCGAAACUAAUCCAAGUUAUCAGCAAAAAAUGAUAAACGACAUAAAGAAGGUUAAAAAUCAAAAUAAUUUAGUUGAACUAAAGUUAAGAGAUGCAAAGCGCGAUAAGGCUUUAGCCGAUUUACAAUAUGCGAAUGAUCUAUUGCAUGAACACCUAUCAGUUUUAGGCAGUUUAUCUAACGUUGGACAAAAAACAUCAACUUUGAAACAAGGAGUAAAUGCUGAAAGUGGUGCAGUAUUUGAAUUGACGCUGGUAGACUCAUUAACGAUGGACAGUUACACUCUCUUCGUUGACCAAGUUACUAUUAACCGAGUACAAACAGAUACUUUGUUUGCAACAGAGCUGUUAGAGAAACAUAAGGCUGCCAUCAAUCAACAAAAAUCACAUACUUUAUCAACGAGCAUCGAGAAAAACAAUGAUCCUGCUAAUAUUAUCAAUGAAGUACAUAGUCAUGAUGAAUUGGAGCAACUUAUUGAAAGAUAUGAGAAUGAUGACAUUGGUGAUGAUCCUAGCCCUAUACAGACUGGUCGUUAUUCUUGGACUGAUGCUGCAACGCUACUUCUAAUUAACUUAUAUCAAGAGAACGAUGCUGCUUAUAGUGAAUGGAAGUUGACGAACAAAAAGUUUUGGAAAAAGAUUACAGAUGGCAUGUUGUCUAAAGGGUAUGAUGUAAGUUACUCCCAGUGCACUUCAAAAAUUGAUAACCUGAAAAGGUCUUAUAAAAAUGUGAAAGACCACAACGCUCAAAGCGGAAAUGAUAAGAAAACGUGUAUUUUCUAUGAGGAGCUAGAUGAAUUGUUUAGUAAAAAACCCUGGAUAAAACCAUUGUCCGUGGCUGGGUCGAAUAUGCCAUUAGGCGAUUUAGAUAUCAAUUCAUCAACUAGUAACUUAAAGCGUCCAAGAAGUCUUUUAGAAGUUCUAAAAGCAUCGUAUCUUCAACAAACCAUAGAAAUAAAGCGAUUAAAAAGGGAAUAUACCGAAAACUAUAGAGAAAAGAAGUUAGCUGUGAUGAAGGAUUUAGUUCACAUUCUUAAAAAAUAAGAUGAAGAUGAAAAAUAAUUGUUGCUGCAGUAUUGUUAAAAAUUUUUUUUUUUAGUUUUAAGAAUUUGAAGCGAUCAAAAUGUUCCUACUUAUUACGCGCUAAAGAUGCACGCUAAAGAUGCCAAAAUAUAAUUAUAAUAUUACUUAAGGACUUAACCACCUUAAAAUAGAAAAAAAUUGAGAUAUCCAUGGUGGCUGAUAUAUAUAUAUAUAUAUAAUGAAAAUGCUGAAUUAUUGAAACUAUUUAACUGUCGUGCAAAAAAUUGAAUAUCUCAUGUUUUUAAAUUUCAAGAGAAUACACGAAGCAUAAUGUUAAAAUAAAGAACUGACUAUCUUUUGUAUAAUUCUCAAUUACAUUUUGUUUAAUUUGCUCUGUUAUAGUGUUGAAAUAU